GUUAGAUUUGCCAUCUAGACCCGUCUGCUCUCCUCUCAGUGUUGCAGGUGCUCUGUCUAAGCGAGAGAGGAUGCGAAAGGAGUGCAGGGGAGGGAUAGAGAGAAGGAAAGCGCCGGUGAAAAGUCAGCAGUAUGGUGCAGGGAAUGAUAAAAAUGAUAUCAACAGCAGCAGAAAGCGCAUUUAUUGACCUGGGGGCUCUGCAAUGAAAGGUUUCUUGCAAGGGACACUUUGAGAUAUGAUGAGGUUUCUUUCUGGUUGGCAAUAGUACUAUGAUUUGGUAUGUGGUCACUUUGAUAGCAAGUGUAUUCAGCACCCGAGGAACGGCAGCUCAAGGUGCCCACGGCGUGCGAGAGGAGCCCCAGUUUGUGACGGCGCGCGCUGGAGAGAACGUCAUCCUGGGAUGCGACGUGGCCCACCCCCUGAACGGCCAGCCCUAUGUGGUGGAAUGGUUCAAGUUCGGAGUGCCCAUCCCCUUCUUCAUCAACUUCCGCUUCCACCCGCCUCAUGUGGACCCAGAGUAUGCCGGCCGAGCCAGUCUGCACGGAAAAUCUUCUCUGCGGAUUGAGAAGGUGCGUUCAGACGACCAGGGCUGGUAUGAGUGUAAGGUCCUGAUGUUGGAGCAGCAGUACAACACCUUUCACAACGGCAGCUGGGUGCACCUCACAGUAAACGCUCCCCCCAGUUUCACGGACACGCCGCCACUGUACGUUGAGGCCAAGGAAGGCGGCAGCAUCACCCUGAGCUGCAUUGCUUCCGGCAACCCCAAGCCCUCCAUCAACUGGCUCCGGGAGGGUGAGCCCCUGGAGGACAGCAUCAAGUACAAGGUUUCUGAUGGGAGUCUGACGGUGCUGUUGGUCAGCCGCGGGGACAGAGGGGCGUACACCUGCCGAGCCUACAGCAUCCAGGGGGAGGUUGUCCACACCACACGCCUGCUUGUCCAAGGGCCACCGUUCAUCGUUUCCCCUCCCCAGAAUCUGACGGUGAACAUAUCCCAGGCCGCCAAGCUGGACUGCCUGGCCGAGGCCUACCCUGGCAACCUCACCUACACCUGGUUCUGGGAGGAUGACAACGUCUUCUUCAAGAAUGGCCUGAGGGACAGGGUCAGUAUUCUGGUGGACGGCUCGCUCAUCAUUGGCAGUGUGAAGCCAGAGGAUGCUGGGAGAUUCACCUGCAGCCCCAGCAACAGCCUGGGCCAGCCCCCAUCCGCCUCGGCCCAGCUCACAGUGCAAUACCCUGCCCGUGUCAAAGACAUGCCACCUGCCAUUUAUGUGGCCAUCGGCCUGCCAGGCUUCAUCCGCUGCCCGGUGGACGCCAACCCGCCAGCCACGCUGGUCAAGUGGACCAAAGAUGGCAACCCUCUCCGGAUAGAGAAGUACCCUGGUUGGAGCCAAAUGGAGGACGGGAGCAUCCGCGUGACUGAGGUGACGGAUGACUCUCUGGGCACCUACACCUGCAUGCCUUACAACGCCCUGGGCUCUGAGGGUUGGUCCGAUCCCACUCCCCUGGUGCUAAAGGAUCCCCCCAAGUUCUCGAUUGUUCCCGGAGGGGAGUACAGGCAGGAGGCUGGGAGAGAACUGGUCAUCCCCUGUGCGGCUGAGGGAGAAUUUCCCUAUCCCAACAUCACAUGGAGGAAGGUAUGGAAGCCCAGCAAAAGCAAGCACAAUGUCCUCCCCUCAGGUACCUUACAGUUCAAGUCCCUAAGCAAGGAGGACCAUGGGGAGUGGGAGUGUGUGGCCACCAACGUCGCCACGAGCAUCACUGCCAGCACACACCUCCUAGUUAUUGGCACAAGCCCCCACGCCCCGGCCAAUGUCCAUGCAGCGGUCUCCACCACCUGGGCCAACGUGUCAUGGGAGGCUGGCUACGACGGCGGCUUUGAGCAGACAUUAUCAGUCUGGGUGAAGAGGGAGCAGCUGGGCCCACAUGAUUGGCUGUCUAUAGCUGUGCCUUCUGGCCAGACAUGGCUGGUAGUGCCCGGCCUGGAGCCCCAGACUGCCUACCAGUUCAGUGUCCUUGCACAUAACAAGCUGGGCACGGGCCCCUUCAGCGAGGUCAUCACUGUGAACACACUAGUUUUUCCUAUAAGUAUACCUGAACCUCUGGUGCUGCUUACCCCACCACGAUGCCUCAUAGCCAAUCGGACGCAGCAGGGCGUCUUGCUCAUGUGGAUCCCGCCGGCCAACCACACAGCUCCGAUCGAGCGCUACGUCAUGGAGUUCCGCCUAGGGGAGAGGUGGGAUGUCCUGGACGAUGCCAUCCCCGCUGGAGAGACAGACCUGCUAGCCAGAGACCUCAUUCAGGAGGCAUGGUAUGAGUUCCGGGUCAUAGCAGUCAUGGAGGAACUGGUCAGUGAGCCCAGUAACACAGUAGGAGUGUCCAGUACAGACUUCUUCCCACCCCCGGAAUUGGUGGAUGAGGGGGGGCUGGCGCGGCCGGUGGUGGCUGGCAUCGUGGCUACCAUCUGUUUCCUGGCAGCUGCUGUCCUCUUUAGCACACUGGCAGCCUGCUUCGUCAACAAGCAGCGCCGACGAACGCUCAAGAGGAGGAGAGACCCCCCUCUCUCGAUAACACACUGCAGAAAAAGUGUGGAAACUCCGUCCUUCUCUGGUAAGGUGAGUCCGGAGAGUAUGCGUUCCAUGGGACAACCAUCAGAGUGUUCUGAGGACGGGCAUAGCAUGAGCAUGAAGAAGAUCCCCCCGAGUUCUGCGAAGAAGGAAGAACUCUCCCUGUACAAGAAAACCAAGCGAGCAAUAACGAGCAAAAAGUACAGCGUCUCCAAGUAUGAAAUGGAGGCAACCACGCCCAUUGAGCUGAUCAGCCGAGGCCCUGACGGACGCUUCGUCAUGGACCCCAGCGACAUGGAGAUGAUUUUCAUCAAGCCCCGGCGAAUUGAGGGCUUCCCCUUUGUUGAAGAGUCAGACCGCUAUCCCGAAUUCCGCCAGUCGGAUGAGGAGAACGAUGAUCCCGGGCCCAUGCCCCCCGUCAUGGCAACCCUUCGACCUCACCAAAUCUCCCCCAUCUCCAGCCAGGAGUCUUACCUGCAGCCACCAGCCUACAGCCCCCGCUUUCAGAGACCCAUGGAAGGUAUGACCAUCAUGGAGAGCAGUCGGCUUGAGGCCACGGGUCAGAUCCAAGGCUCCCUGCACCACAGAGCCUUCCCCCAGAGCCACGAUCACUUCUACGGGUACCUUGGCAGCCCUGGGGAACCUGACCCUCCACCCCCUUUCUACAUGGUAGACACCAGCCCUCUGAGCUCUGUCAUGUCAUCACCACCUUACCACCCCGAAGGGCCCUUUGGUCACCACUGCAUCCCUGAGGAGAUGGGGGAAGGAGAUAUUCAUCACUAUGCCGUCUCAAGCUUCCCCCUUCCCCUGACGCUUACCUCUUCCUCUCACUCCCCGGAGAUCUGGCACAGACCCGAUUUCCCCUUUGCAAAUCUGGAAAGGCCCCACUUCAUUUUCCCACCCCACCAACCUUUGCAUCUCCACCGGGAACCUUUCUUUCCUCCUCCCCAUGUUAUUCCCCCUGGUGCUCUCCAGCCAUCCUCUAUCCAGGUGCCCUCCUAUCCCGGUGUUCUGCAGCUGGAGGUCCCAAAGAGCUGUCCAGGCAAGUCUCCCAGCAAGGUCAAGCCUCAGGGCCUUCCAGUCAAGCGUUUAGCUAUGCAAGAGGCUCAGAGUCUAGGGAAGCUAAGACACAUAAGCUACGGUAUGGGUGUGCCGGUUUUGCCUUACCCCGACCCAACAGCCAUCAUGAGCAGCCCUAGCACAUUCAGUAGCCUGGACACCCGGUGGUUUGAGUCUACCUCCCGGCUCAGCCCCAGGCAGGCUCGUAGAAUGGAGCCUAGCAUGAUGGUCCUCCAACCUUCCCGCCUCUCGCCCCUCACCCAGAGUCCACUUAGUUCCCACGAGGGCUCCCCAGAGAUUCUAGUGCGACCGCGUCCCCGUCCUAGCUUUGUCCAGCCCUCCAUACCUCCAGAGAUGUCUGAGAUCACCCUGCUUCCCCCCUCUUCAGCCAGCUUCUCUCGGAGGUCGUCUCCCUCUUCCUCUCCCGCCCAUGGUCAGGUUAGCAAGAGAGCAAGUCCCAGCUUCCGCUCCCACAUGGCCUUUGCCACCUCCGCCAUAAGCUACCCGUCCCAGUCCCCGUCACCCCCCAUGGAAAGCAGCAACAUGUUUGGGCAGAUCCCAAGUGAUCCCAUUGGGCAGAUACCAUCCCAGAGGAGAACUGAGGAGGAGGUCCUUCCGUCCGAGCCCUCUCCACCCCAGUUUUCAGCUUCAGGAAAUCGUCGAGGUGAGCCAAGUGCCCCUGCGGGGUCUGAGAGGUUUGAUGCAUUGAGGUACCAACGUAUUAAAAAGGCCAAGAAGAUGAUGGUGGUCAACAACAACAACUCCAAGUCCAGAAGAAAAACAGGUGUCUCCACCUUUCAGACCCAGCAGGACUACACCUCUCAGGUACUCCAGCCCGAAGAAGCUCUCUACCUCCGCAAGAAGAAGAAACGGCCAGUCAGACAGGACCCGUAUGCCCGCUUCUCCGCUCUGCUGUACCACCGCCCGCCCCGGGAGGACCGCAAGGCCAUUUUGGCCAGCAUGGAUAACAUGGACCCAGACCAUGCCACUCUCCUCUGACACUGUGGGGGAGUCAGGUUACACUCUUCCUCCAAAAUGCCACAAAACCCCACCUGGAAAAUGACCUCUCAGUCUAAAGCGUUGCUCAUUCCUCAGCAUCAAUCAAUGGAUUUAAGUUCCUUUUUUAAAAGAAGUUGAAAGUAAAACAGUGGCAAUCCAAUGUUUCCAAAGUUUUACUCCAGUGCAAAACAUUUAAUUUGAGGGAAGCAAUACUGUGUGCUACAACAUAGAUUACUUUGAAACAAAGGUUCUAACCAUUUGGAAAAUGACCCGUCUGAGGUUUUCACUUUCUAUCUCAUCUUUAUACUUCAGUACAGGCGUAGCCCAUUGUAAAAACGGCCCAUGAAGCCUAGUUAGGUCUCAGUUUACAGCACCUUGCUCACCCGAGUAUCCUCACCUGCCUCACUCUGCUAGCCCUCUAUCACCUCCCAGAGACUCUCCCAUCCACACAGGGUUCUCACUCAGAUCCUACAAAAUAUACCUCAGAGCACAGGACAUGGCACCACAACGAGGCUCAGCUAGCUGAACACAACUGUAUUGGCGUGUAUGUUUUUUAUGAUCUUAUAACUUAUUUAAGCAGGGUUUGGUUGAAAUUUGACACAAUUUUAAUAACUCCAAAUGUGAAAAUCCAAUUGGUAACUGUCACGAUCGUCGUAAGGAGCGGACCAAAAUGCAGCGUGGUAUGCGUUCAUGAUGAUUUUUUUUCAGCACUGAACACAAAACGACCGUGAUGCUAUAAUGAGAACUGUGCUGACACAAGCAACUGACAAUCACCCACAAACAAACAGUGAAACCCAGGCUACCUAAGUAUGAUUCUCAAUCAGAG